AUGGCAUGGAUAGUUCUUCUAUGGGCGGGGAAUUGUAACUAUAUCAAUGAUAAGAAUGGCAAUGGAAUGGCCGUAAUAGUGGCAGCAUUGCCACCAAUCACCACAUCGCCCAACACUCAUCGUGCCAAGACGACAGGAGCAAUGGAAGCGUCCUUGCAAUCCAGUCAGGAAGGACAAGAAGAUCUUAUAGACAAUGAUGAUGAUGAUGAUGAUGAUGAUGAUGAUGAUGAUGAUAUAUCAUCUGAAGAAAUCUUGGAUGUCCUCAUCAUUGGGGCCGGAUGGGCUGGAAUCGGAGCAGCAAAUCUUUUGGUCAAGCGUGGGGUGGAAAAUAUUCGAAUCCUCGAAGCCAAGGGACACCUCGGAGGACGAGCCUACACGGAGAUGCACCAGUGGGCUGAUGACAAAAAAGUACCGAUUGACAUGGGAGCCAUGUGGAUUCACGGUGGCUCGGAAAAUAUCAUCAACCACUUGGCCCUCCAAUACAAGAUACGAACGGAUCCUUCCGGUUACGACACGGCCAUUUACAAUAAGGCGGAGGGCACUAGGUACGACAAAGAUCAAGUCGAAGAGCUUCGGGAACGGUUAUUCGAAGAAGGAUUCUUUUCGUUUCAGAGUCAACGACAAGAAGCUACCGACUACGACGAACCAUUGCAGAAAGCAUGCGACCUCUUUUUAGAUCAACUUUCGACAAGAGAAGAAAAACAGUUGACCAAAUAUUUUCUCCGAACAUCCAUCGAGCUGGAAUACUCGGGCUUGUUAAAGGAUCAUUCGUUAUGGUGGUGGAAUGACGACUAUGACCUAGGAGGAAGCAUUGGUACGGAGGGGUACUUUGUUCCAGAAGGACACAGUUCAUUGAUUGAGCCAUUUGCGUCCUAUUUGACGGAAACCAACAAGAUUCAAUUGAAUACUACAGUGACUUGCAUCGACUAUCAAGACAAGGAGGUUAUCCAAGUGUACUGCUGCCGUGAGGGUGGUAGAGAUAUCACCUGUAGAGCGAGAAAGGUGAUUGUGACGGUCCCACUGGGCGUGCUCAAGGCCAAUCGAAUUGCCUUUCGACCCAAGUUGCCCAAACGGACCCACAAAGCCAUUCGUCGGAUUGGAAUGGGCAAGAUGAACAAGAUUUUCAUGUUUUGGUCCAAAGAAGAUGUCUUUUGGCCACCUGAUGCAGAAAUUCUGGGCGAUAUUGAGGAACGGAGGAACAUUAGCAUUAUGUUUCGGAAUCCACAAAAGCACAAUGGCAACCUGCCCAUGCUGUUUGGCUUUUUUCAAGGCUGCGACGAAGUCGAGGAGGCGUUUGCCCACUCGGACCCCCAGCAAUAUGAAACUAGAAUACGAGACUUGGCUAUGGAGUCACUGCGGACCAUGUUUGGCAACGACAUUCCAAUGCCAAAAAAGGUCAUUGUGACGAAAUGGAAUGUGGACCACUGUUCUUUGGGCGCCUACUCGUUCAACAAGGUAGGCAUGGGCAAGCACGACAGGACCAACUUGGCCAAACCAGUUGGGAAGAAUCAAGUGUUCUUUGCUGGUGAAGCCACGCAUCGUCGGUAUUUUGCCACUACUGCUGGAGCAUUCAUGGCAGGUCGUUCUGCGGCGAGAAAGGUGCUGAAAUCGUUAAGAGAGGCAUCAAAUUGGUGA